AUGAAGCGACGUCCAUCUAAGCUCGCAAACCUCUACCUCUACCUCCUCAACCAGAGAUUUUGGCCGGAACUGGCAGCUUUCAAGUGUCCCACCGGAUACACUGCUUCCCCGCUAUGGGAACGACGCAGCAGCCUGGCCCAAGAUCCCAGAGUACACAGUCUGACCUGGUUUCGAUGUCUACAGCAUGAGCAGUUGUCCCGGGCGAAGGACGCCAAUAAAUCCUCGAAGAAGAAAGAUGCCGCCAACUCCUCGUCUACAAGCACGGCUUCCCUCGGCGUCCCACAAACACCGCAAGCGGCAUCUCCUGGUCAAGGUACACCUGCAUCAUCCCAGACCUCCCUGCACGAUGGGCGAGGUAAAUCACCAGACAGUGGAUCGCCUGCAACUACCCCCUCCGCCGGCCCUUCGACGGCUCAGCAUUAUAUACCUCAAGGGGCCAAUGUCGCUGGUCACAAUCUGAGCAAUGGACCAGGCACUCCCACGAGGCAGGGCCAGCCCGUAGCGCCAAGUGUGAUCAUCAGCCCCAGCGGACCGGCCCCCCCUGGCGCCGCAGAGACCAUGCCAGGUGAUUUGGCGCCCCCUCGAAAGUCACACGUUUUCGAUCGCCUGCAGACAACGCCCAAAGAUAUGUCAGAGGGAAUCCGAACCCCCAAGCGCCAACAUUCUUCGCGGUUCGACAUAUCUGAUCAACGUCAGCGGGAGCUUGAGAAGCUACCUGGUUUCCAUGAAGUCGCUCCCAACCGGCGCCAAGACCUCUUCAUGCAGAAGAUUGACCAGUGCAACAUCAUCUUCGAUUUCAAUGAUCCCACUGCCGACAUGAAGUCUAAAGAGAUCAAAAGACUGGCUCUCCAUGAGCUCUUAGACUACGUCGCGAAUAAUCGGUCUGUCAUUACCGAGCCAAUGUACCCUCGUGUCGUGGAGAUGUUUGCCAAGAACCUCUUCCGGCCUAUUCCUCCUCCUAUGACACCCCAGGGAGAGGCGUUCGAUCCAGAGGAGGAUGAGCCUGUCCUUGAAGUGGCCUGGCCGCAUAUCCAGGUCGUAUACGAGUUCUUCCUCCGUUUCAUUGAGAGUCAAGACUUCAACACAAACAUUGCCAAGGCAUACAUUGACCACCAGUUCGUGCUUCAGUUAUUGGAUUUGUUUGAUUCGGAAGAUCCCCGUGAACGCGACUUCCUGAAAACCACCUUGCAUAGAAUCUACGGGAAGUUCUUGAAUUUGCGAUCAUACAUUCGACGAUCGAUCAACAAUGUCUUCUUCCAAUUCAUGUACGAAACGGAGAGACACAAUGGGAUUGCCGAACUGCUGGAAAUUCUUGGCUCCAUUAUCAACGGAUUUGCGCUGCCGCUCAAGGAGGAGCACAAACUAUUCUUGACUCGAGUUUUGCUGCCCAUGCACAAGGUCAAGAGUCUCAGCAUGUACCAUCCACAACUGGCUUACUGCAUUGUUCAGUUCCUGGAAAAGGACUCAAGUCUGACAGAAGACGUCGUUUUGGGGCUGCUUCGUUAUUGGCCGAAGACGAACAGCACCAAAGAGGUAAUGUACCUCAACGAAGUCGAGGAUAUCUUCGAGGUUAUGGACCCCGGAGAGUUCGCCAAGGUUCAGGAACCCCUUUUCCACCAACUGGCCAAGUCGGUUGCCAGCCCACACUUCCAGGUGGCUGAGCGAGCCCUCUACUUUUGGAACAAUGAGUACUUCUGCAAUCUCGUCAGUGAUAAUGUGGAGACCAUUCUUCCCAUCAUGUUUGCGCCCCUUUACGAAAACUCCAAGGGACACUGGAAUCGAACUAUUCACAGCAUGGUGUAUAAUGCCAUGAAGAUGUUCAUGGAGAUCAACCCCCAACUUUUCGAUGAGUGUUCUCAUGAAUACACCGAGCAUCAGAACAGUGCGGAUCAGCGGGAAAAAUCUCGCCAAGAUCGCUGGGAGAUGAUCGAACAACAGGCGACCCUGAGGAAAAAUGGCGCUCCGCCACCGCCGGCCCCCGCGCUGAGUGUGCCCGAGCCCAUCGAUGAAGUUGAAGCAAUGGCCAACGAAAGUCAAAAGCGCUUGAACACUCUGAAGAUUCAAGACGAGUCCGAGGCACCCAAGGAGCGACCUGCUCGCGAAGGAACCCCCACGUCGGUGAGUUCACAGCAACUCUAG